CAAAUAACUAAUGGAAGUGGAACUGUGUUAUUUUUCUGUGUAUAACGAAACGCGUUCCUAAAGUAGCUUGGUCCAGAAAUUGUAUUUUAACUGUUUUUUAUUAAAUUGGUGUGGUAAAUAACGUGUGUUUUUGAAGAAUCUAAAAUGAUGGAUUGUGGUGAGAUGAGAACACCGGAAGAAGUAAGAAAAAUCAUAAAGACUGCAAAAUUGCACGAGUCUGAGCUGACCGAAGUUACCCAAGUCCUCAGGUUUCCUGAGCCAACACAACAGAAUCACAACUUGAAGUUAAUGCUACUAGAUGACACGCUGCUUAAGGAAAUAGAAGCUGGAAAAGAACUGGUGUUUAAAGGAGAUCCAGACGAAAAUGUCGUACUGUGUACAAAUAACAAAACUUACGACGUCAAAGAAGCGGAGACCUCUAACAGCUUACUCCUAGUUCCAGAACUUCUGUUCGCAGCAUCCACAGGUUUAGAUGAAACCAUACAGAAUGACUCUAUGGAAUCAGACUCCUCUUUCGACAAAUCCAACGCAAGCCUUAACAAAUCUACCGAAUCCGACGAAGGGUCGAAACCGCCGAGGAAAAUCGAACAUAAAGAUAUUAUAAACACAUUUUUUACCUACUACGAGUUAAAACCGUGCAAACCGAGGUUGUCAAAGUUAAGAAAGUUGUUAGAACCGACCAGAUAUCAGGGUUUAGAGUUAGAAUACGCUACAGAUAAAACCAAAUUGCUAAAUUAUGAUGCUCUCUGUGAUCAAAUACAAGCAUCUAAAGCAGAAUUAAAUGAUGAAUUAGAAAAGAUUCAGGCGAUAGAAAUCGAUGGUUUUUAUCGAUUAUUGGAAUUCGAUUACGAAUUUCGAGUGCUUUCCUACAUGUUAGAUUUGAUCGAUGAGAAUUCGUGGGUUUUUGAUCGAAUAUCUAAGGAAGUCACUAUGGACAGUUUAAAAGAAUUGGUACCUAACUCAAUUUUGGAGGCAAUGUUUAGGUUUUAUACGACAACGUCGGUUAUAGAAGAUGGGAUUCAGUAUUAUCAGUAUAAGCAAGACAAAGUAUGUAGGUUUUUGGCUCGAGUGCUGCUGAAAAGUGCUGGGAAGUUCAAUCUGGUCGAAUUUUUGGAAGCUUGGAGGGAUUCAGUUCCUGAGGGAAUGGUUACAGACGAAUCAAUGCUAUCAGGAAUAGCGUUAGUAGAUAAAACGAGCACUCCUCAAGUAGUGUGGGGGUUCUCUGAAGGCGAUUUACCUGAAGAAAUCCACGAGCGAUUUAAAAUACUGUUUCAAACUAAGGCAAAGUGGACUGUUGAUCAGAUAUCGCCGUAUAUUGAAUGCUACGCGACAGAAAAACUAAACGUAAACGCCAUAUUAACGAAAUACGCGCGAGCUUCAACACAAGAUGGCGUCAGGGUAUUUUCAGCUAAGCAUAUGAAAUAGUUUGCAAGUUCUAUUUAUCUUUAAACAUAUGGGUGCCAAAUGAAUAAAAUUCAUACUUAUACUCAUUGAA